CCCAGGCGGGCCGCGCAUGCGCAGUGUGCGGCGCCGCGCUGAGGCGAGCGGCGCAUGCGCAGAGCGGCGGCGCGGCGAGGGGCGUGAGGGGCGCCAUGGCCGGGUACAGCGCGGAGGAGCGCGGCGCCCCGCACAGCGCCGGGUACCGCCUGUUCCUCAAGGACGCGGCCGGGCGGUACAUCUCCCCCUUCCACGACAUCCCCCUGCGCGACGGCGGCGCUGAGAAUGUGUUCAACAUGGUUGUGGAAAUACCUCGCUGGACAAACGCUAAAAUGGAGAUUGCGACAAAGGACCCCUUAAACCCAAUUAAGCAAGACGUGAAGAAGGGAAAGCUGCGCUACGUAGCCAACGUGUUUCCCCACAAGGGCUACAUCUGGAAUUACGGUGCUCUCCCGCAGACUUGGGAAGACCCAGGGCAUAAGGAUGAAGGUACUGGCUGCUGUGGAGAUAACGAUCCCAUCGACGUGUGCGAGAUUGGAAGUAAGGUCUGCUCUCGAGGGGAGGUGAUCAAGGUGAAGGUGCUGGGCACGCUGGCACUGAUCGAUGAGGGCGAGACAGACUGGAAGAUAAUCGCUAUCAAUGUUGAAGACCCUGAGGCGGGCAACUAUAAUGAUAUCCAUGAUGUCAGGAGGAUGAAGCCUGGGUACUUGGAAGCUACGGUGGACUGGUUCAGAAGAUACAAAGUACCUGACGGAAAGCCAGAAAACCAGUUUGCUUUUAACGGUGAAUUUAAAGACAAGGAUUUUGCAGUGAACGUCAUCAAAAGCACUCACGAGCACUGGAAAGCUUUGAUAGCUAAAAAAACUGACGGAGGAGAGAUCAACUGCACAAACCUGACGGUCUCGGACAGUCCCUUCUGCUGUAGUCAAGAGUGUGCUAAAGCUACUGUGGAUGCAGCACCACCCUGUACGGCUGCCAACCCCAUCCCACCAGAAGUGGACAAGUGGUUCUACUACCCCAAAAACUAAGGCGCAGGGACGGACGCUGAGCCAGCUGCGAUCCUCCAGCGGAGCCCCCCUGCCCGCUCCCCCAGCCCCCCAGCUUCCAUGUCACCGAGCAGCCCCUGCCUCUAAUUUAUGCCGCCGUGAGCUGCCCCCAACCCCGCUGCAUCCAGCCGGGGGGGGGGCUCUGGGAUGCUCGGCUCCCCCCUGAACCCACCGCCUGUACCCCACAGCAGGUGGUGGGGGGCGAGGCCGGCCCGGUACGCGUAGUGUGGGCGCUGGAAAUAAAACUACUGAACCCGC